AUGAGGCUUACCACACCGUUCGAUUUAUACGCGACGCUCUCGGAUCUUGUUAAUUUAGAUAAAAUAAAAAACGACAGAAUUCCUCAACGCACUUCUUCGUUUUAUUCACAUGACAGAAGUAUCAGUUUAUUUUUGCCGAUACCGAGCAACAGGACGUGUCAAAAGGCCGGUAUUGACGAUCAUUGGUGCACGUGUCAUACGGGAAAAAAGAUAUCUACUGCCAGCAUAGAAGCCGCAGAAGCCGCUGCGUUUUUGGUGCGGCGGCUAAAUUUGAUAGUGCGCCCUCACGUGCAAUGCGAACGGCUCCGGCUUGCCGAUUUGCUGGAGGUAACCGAAAUGUUGGUUGGCAUGCCGGGUGAGGACGAGGUGGGUUGGCGGGAAUUCAUGGUGACCGUGCGCAUGGCUCCCGGCGGUGGACUGUUUGAGGCAACCCUACGGCGCGAUAAUGGCGGCUGGACGUUGGCGGGAACUAUCAGCCGGCUGAACCUUUACGGCGAUCAAAGCCGUUGCGUUCACGACUAUCAACUUAAGCUGUAUUGUUAUUGUAAA